CUUUUAACUCUUCAAAAUAGAAAAGAAAUUGAACAAGAACAGCAAAACACAAAACAUUAGUGUAGUGAGAAGAUGAUCAACGGCGUUAAGAAUCCACCAGAUGUCGGAAUUCAGAUAACGGAGAUGAAGCUGGGGACUGAGACUGUGACGGUGAGCCAGAGCGCUCCACGUGUUAACGGGAAAGCUGAAGUGAUACAAGUAGUCCUACGAGUAUUGUGUGUUAUGACUUCAGUCACAGCGCUAUCGCUUAUGGUGACUGCCGAACAAACUUCUACCAUCACUGUCUUUGGCUUUAAUAUCCCCUUGCACUCCAAGUGGUCCUUCUCUCACUCCUUCGAGUACCUAGUUGGCGUCUCGUCUGCUGUUGCACUUCAUUUAUUAAUUCAGCUACUUAUUAGUGGAUCAAGAAUUCUGCAUGGAUUGUCUAUUAUUUCUUCUCGAAAUCACGGAUGGCUUGUUUUUGCUGCUGAUCAGUUAUUUGCAUUGGCACUGAUGAGCGCUGGAUCAUCCGCAUCAAGUGUUUCCAGUCUGAAUCACACAGGGAUUCGACAUACUGCUCUGCCAAAUUUUUGCAAACCCCUGCAUCGUUUUUGUGACCGUGUUGCCACUUCAAUAGCCUUCACUUUUCUCAGCUGCUUUCUGCUUGCCAUUUUAGUGGUUCUUGAUGUACUUUGGCUGUCUAAGCACUAGACAAUAUUAUUGGUUCUCUUAAUUUUAAUGCAAAUUGAUUAUGUCGUGAACAUUGCAAUGACCAUUGGUAGCUUGAUCAAAAUGCAAAUGUGGUCCAACCAGUUCUAACUAGAUGCUCACGGCAGCGCAACCGUUCCGAACAUGAAAUUAGCUUUUGAAAAUGUGUACUAAUAAUGCCUUUUCGUUCUUGUUAAAUUGUGUCAUUACUCAUUAUGAUGCAUGUUUGAAUACCUAAAGAAAACAUGAAAUUGUUUAUGUCCGAUUAAUGUUACUUUUGUUUGUUAGAAGAGAGGACUUUUGUGAGAUUAGUACCUUGCACCGUUGCACAUGACGCUAAAUAGAAUGUUCAACCGUUUCCCCAGCUUUUUCCUUACCAAUUACACAAAAAAAAAAAAAAAAAAAAAAACUAGAAAAAUCAAGUUUUCUCCUUAAUUUCAAUAAAAUGAAACUGAAAUAUGAAAGGUCAAAAUGGCGCCUAACACUUGUUUUAAAUAAAUGGUUUGAACAGAUGAAAACUAAUUAAGCCAAAAAAAGAAA